AUGCUCCUCUCAAAGGGAAUCAGACUUGAGGAUGGUGAUGAGAAGCGCGGUCGUGGAAGCCGAUGCUUGAGUGCCAUUGUUUCCUUUCCGUGCGUAGUUUUCGCAUCGCUUGCGAAGGCCCUUACGCUAUGUUGCUCUUGUACAAAACAUACAGAUGACCAAGUUGACGAUGACUGCGAAACACUGCUCGACGGACGACCGGUUCGGUUUCCGAGACACGCUGCUUCGUCUUUCUUACGGACAGGCACGCCACGAAAGAUGCGCGAGGCAAAUGAUAUUCUAUAA